AUCUACUAAAAUCUCAUUCAUUAAUCAACACUGUCCCGGUCCCAACCAACUAACUUGACAGGAGAAGCGAGAAAAUAAAAACAGAUUACGGUAUCGUAACGCGUAGAUCACCGUCACUCGCCUCUCAUUCAUUUCACUUACUGCCCCAAUUUAUACUCGCGCAACAAAUAUAGAGUAAAUUCAUAAAUACACACACCUAUAUAUAUACUUACACCUCUUUUUACUCUCAGAUCUCGUGUCGGUUGGAUACAAAUCAUACUCGCAUUUCACUAUUUGGUCAUUAUUUACUUUAAAUUUUCAAUUGUAUCUGUGAUUGAGUGUGAUUUUGAGUUCGGUGUUGAUAAUUAUGGUGAUCUAUGAGCCUGUCUCGCCUGGUCAGGUCUCAUUUUUGCUUGGUUUUGUCCCAUUAUUUGCAGCCUGGUUAUAUUCUGAAUUUUUGGAGUACAGACAGAAAUAUGUUGUUCCGGCAAAAGUUGGUAGGAGUUCUGACAUCAAUCUGGUUCAACUGGGGGACGAAACAAUUAAAGAAGACGAUCGAGCUGUUUUAUUGGAAGGAGGUGGACUACAGUCGGCCUCUCCUAGAGCUCGCAGUACAUCCUCUGCAUCUCAUAUCAUCAGGUUUUUUCUGAUGGAGGAGUCCUUUUUGCUCGAAAACCGCUCGACACUGAGAGCUAUAUCGGAAUUUGGUGGACUGUUGAUCUAUUACUACUUAUGUGACCGGACAAAUCUUUUUGGUGAAUCGAAAAAGAGCUACAACCGGGAUCUUUUCUUAUUUCUCUACUUUCUGCUCAUCAUAGUUUCCGCAAUCACUUCUUUCAAGCGUCAUCAUGAUAAGUCACUUAUAUCGGGAAAAUCCAUACUCUAUCUGAACAGGCAUCAAACGGAGGAGUGGAAAGGUUGGAUGCAGGUGUUGUUUCUAAUGUACCACUACUUUGCCGCAACAGAAUAUUAUAAUGCUAUCCGAAUUUUUAUUGCUGGUUAUGUUUGGAUGACUGGAUUUGGGAACUUCUCAUAUUAUUACAUCCGUAAAGAUUUCAGCCUUGCAAGGUUUGCUCAGAUGAUGUGGAGGCUUAACUUUCUGGUGUUCUUUUGUUGCCUCGUCCUGAACAACAGUUAUACGCUAUACUACAUAUGCCCUAUGCACACACUAUUUACCCUCAUGGUGUAUGGGGCACUUGGUAUAUACAAUAAAUAUAACGAAAAUGGAACUGUUAUUGCUGCAAAAUUCAUAACCUGCCUACUGGUGGUUAUAUUAAUAUGGGAAGUACCUGGAGUUUUUGAUGUUGUCUGGAGCCCGUUCACCUUCCUUCUUGGGUACACUGAUCCUGCCAAACCUAAUCUUCCCGUCAUGCACGAGUGGCAUUUUCGCUCAGGCCUUGAUCGCUACAUAUGGAUUGUUGGAAUGCUGUAUGCAUAUUAUCAUCCUACAGUCGAGAGGUGGAUGGAAAAGCUUGAGGAAAUGGAAGCAAAACGCAGGAUAAUAAUUAAAUCAGUUGUUGUGACAAUCUCCUUGACGAUAGGAUAUUUAUGGUUCGAAAAUAUAUACAAGCUCCCGAAGAUCUCAUAUAACAAGUAUCAUCCAUAUACUUCAUGGAUUCCUAUAACUGUCUACAUCACAUUGAGAAAUUUCACCCAAAAUUUACGAGGAUACAGCUUGACCCUCUUUGCAUGGCUUGGGAAGGUCACUCUGGAAACCUACAUAUCACAGUUUCACAUAUGGUUAAGAUCCAGUGUGCCAGAUGGUCAGCCUAAAUUGCUACUUUCUCUAAUUCCUGACUAUCCAAUGUUGAAUUUCAUGCUCACUACUUCCAUAUAUGUUGCGAUCUCAUACAGGCUCUUUGAACUAACAAAUACAUUGAAAGUGGCAUUUGUUCCAAGUAAAGAUGAUAAGCGCCUAGCUUAUAAUGCAGUUACAGCAGCAGUUAUAUUGACUGUUCUGUACACACUAUCAUUUGUGUUUCUAAGGCUACCAGUAAUGUUGUUGUGAGACUUGGAAGCAUAUAAGAAGAGGCCCUCGUCCUUUCCCCCAAGGAUCCCGUGUUACAAGAAAAUGGGUUUCCUGAAAGUCCGUUGUAUACAGAUUGUUUUUUGAUAGUUUUAUCUUAUCAGUCACCUUCUUUUUGGAAAUAGCAUGAUACUGAAAGUCAAUAGUUGUACGAGAACGUUUGUAAUUCUUUACAAGUUGUAUUAUGUAAUAUAUGGCUUCAUCCUUAGGAAACAUGUCACACUAGAUUAGUAUAGAUUAUGUAGUUAACAGUUGUAUUUUUUUAGAAGAUUCAGCAUGUAUCAUUAAAGUAAAUGACGUUCCCAUGUUUAAAGGGAUCCAGCAUAUUUUCUCAA